GACGGAGGAAGGGGGGAAUAAACAUGCAGGGUAUGUACCUCACAGUGCUGAAAAACUUGAAGCCAUGGCUGAGCGACCACCUGAACCGGAUGCUGUGGACUCAUUGCUUAAGGACACAGGGAAGAAAUUAUCUGAGCCUGAAAGUGUCAGAAAGAUCGAGCCUGAGUUAGGAAAGUACCAAGAGGAGCCUCCUGUAAGUACAGAACCGGAAGGCCAGGCUAAGAAAGCUACGGAGCAUGAAAGUGCGGGAAAGUGGGAAGCAAAGAUAGAGGGGCAAGCCGAAUAUAUUUCUUCGUUUACAGUGCCAGAAGGAGAGAAUCGACCUACCAAGCCAGAGUUCAUUUUGAGUGCAGUGCCAGAUAAUGAAGAAAAACGACUUGCCGAGCUUGCAAAUGCAAUAAGUAUUCAAAAAGAAGUUGAAAGAACAACUGAAGGCAGCUCUGUCAAGUCAAUGCACGGGGGGCAGAGAAGAAGCUUGCAGAUCCUGAAGGUAUCCGAAAGUUAGAAAUGGAGACUGAGAAAACCAGCUGAUGACAGCUUUGAGAGCUCUCUGCCACAGGUCACAGAAAAAGCAUCUGCCAAACAUGAAAUGCUCCCAAUAAUAGAGCAACAAAUUCAGAAACUUACUGAAGAGUCUACUGUGAGAACCCCGACUGUGGCUGAAGAGAAGGAACCUGGCGGGGGCGUUCUAAAAGAGAAGUCUGAUAUUGACAGACCAUCUGAAGAGACUCCUGUCCAUGUUGUGUCAGAAAGCACUGAAAGAAAAUCAUCAGAGCCUCACAGUAUCCAACUGAUGAAACAUGAGAACAACAGGCCAGCUGAAGAAACUGCUAGGGAUGCAGUUCUUGAGUCUGACGAAAGAUUAUCUUCUGGACGGGAUGAUACGUAUGAAUACCUAGAAAAGCCAGAUGAUAGUGGUCUCACGACAAUACUGACGUAUAGAGAUCCCACCACGCAAGGUGAUUUUCAACAAGGUGAACAACCAAUUGAAAAGUUGCUAUCUAAAGGAUCAGAGAGUGACUUGCACGAAAUUCCAGACAAACUAAGUCGCGAUUCGACAGGAUAUGGAAUUCAUGAAAAAAAGUUUGACGCUCCUGUGGCUGAAAGAACAGAAAUUGCAGAUUCGAAAGCUGCUAAGGCCGAAGAUGUCGAGAAGACAUCUCUCCAUGAAAAGUCUGUAAAGCGUUGUGAUAGCAGAGAGGAAAAACCGCUAAUUGAGACACUGGAAGAAAAAACAGAUAAAACACAUUCAGACGAGCCGGUAGGCGAAACUUUGGUUCAUAUUAUGGCAAGCGUUGUAAGCAAAAAGCCUCCUGACCAUGACGAGCAAGAACUUGCCAUUGAGAAGUCAGAAGAAACAGAUUCUUCCAGCACCAAAAGAGAGCGUGCGGAGAGAAAGCCCACCAAGCAAGAAUAUAUCGAAAGUGAAAACCCGUGUUUCAAUGAACAAGCCCUGCAAACUCCUGUUAGUACUCUCUUUAACGUUGCCGACAAAAAGACUUCUGAGCACGAAGAUUUUGACACGCAAGAACUGGAAAUUGUGAAGGCAGUACAGAAGUCUCCUAUACCUGCUACAUCAGAGAUCCCACAUGAAGAGACUGCACAAACUAAACAUCUUGAAAACCAAGAAGCGUUCAGCAAGCCUGAGGGUAUUUUCAAACAAGCACACGAACCUGAGGACAAUCUAGAUGAUAAGAGUCCUGUGAGGGCCAUCACGGAAAUCACCGACACAAAACCUAUUGAGCCUGAAUGUGCUGACAUGACAGAAUCACACGCCUACGGACGAGUAGAUACAGGCGCUGCGCCGGAGCUUGCAGAUGAGAAGAUAUCUCAGCCUGAACAUCUUGAAAAACCUGAACCAGAGACUGAGAAACCAACAUCAAAGGCAGCAACAGUCGUAGACGAAACGCAUAUCAUGCCUGAUAUGAAAAGUGAUGAUUUAGGAACUGAAAAGCCUGCAACAUCAGCAAGCGAGACCCCAGCCACCGCUGAUAAACUAUCUCUUGGAACUGAUGACUUGGACAAGCCAGACACAGGCAUUCAAAAGGGGCAAAAGUUGGACCAUGGUGUUCUGCAAACUGCUGGACACAAACACGAAUCAAAUGACAUGAAGAAUAUCGUUAACAAAGAUACUGCUCAAAAACCGGUCUCUUCGUUUGGACACCAGGAGUCUGAAGUUGCUGUCUCCAGUGAAGAUGAAUCAGCAACAAAGUCUGAGGAAAUUAGUGACGAUAAAACUGAUAAAUUCGAAAAAGGAAGUUUAUAUGAGCAAAGCUCACUUGACCAAGAAGGUAUAGUAACGUCUCCUGCUGAUGAGACCGGUGAUGAAGAUGGUAGUAAAAGUAUUCGAAGUGACUCCAUACUCGACAAGACUACAGCGGAAGUUCAUGAAGUUGAAGAUGUUGAAUCAGCUGUCGAUGAUGUGGUGGAUGAAGGUGUUGUAACCUCUCCAUCUCACUCUAUUGAUGAUGAUGCCCUCCACCUGCAUGCAGAGUAUGAAAAUCAGCCGUACGAUGGAGUACACAUCACUGAGCUUCAAGAAGAUCAUGAAAAGAAUAUUUACGUAAACAAAAAGAGGAGGCAUCGGAUUAUGCAAAACCAAAAGACUUGGAUAGUUGUGAACAAGGGCUAACAAAAGCGCAGGAUGAGGUCACGCUACCACAUUUUGAGACAAAGGAAGUUGAGCAAGAUGAAGAACACAAGCCGUCUUCUCCAGAAGCCAAGCCUUUGGCAGAUUUAUUGCGUAAAUUGAGUAAGGACGAGGGAACUCAACAAGAAAUAGGACACAUUCAAUUGCACGAAAGUGUCGGUUCACAAUCAUUCUUAUUCGGUGAUACCAGCUUCUCUGACGCCGCGUUGCCGGUAGAAUCAUCAGACUUGCAUCAGCCAGGCUACCUUCCACAAGAUUAUGAAGUUGUUCGAUCCACUUCUUUGAUUCCGGAGGUAGAUGGCACAAUCGCUGAAGACCUUAUUGCUGCCAAAGAACAAGCUCAGAAACAGCUUGAAGAUGAAGGGGAAAAUGAUGGGCUACCAAGUUUUUUCCGAGCAAGCUCAGGGAAAGAUCAAUCAAUCACUGAGAAGACUCACGGCCUGCCACCAGUGAAUGGGUUGUCAGACUUCCCGGAAUAUAGCCGAAGACCAUCUGAACGCGAAGAUGCACAGACAGAACAAUCAGAAAAAGCCAGUGCCCCAGUGGUUUCUGAGUUGCCUGUUGACUCCUCUAAAGUAUCUGACGCACAACAGCAUUUUCAAGAACCACGUGAAAAAGCACACAGUGUUGAACCACGCGAUUAUGAGCCUUCUGCUCCGACAAACUUUGAGCGCCACAUCGCUUAUUCUGACAGCAUUAGAGGUACUGUCCGCACUGUUGAUCUUUAUGGUGCACAUGAAACAUCGAUUGACGAAACGACUGCUUUCUCUUCUUACCCGCUCACUUCAGAGGAAAAGGACAAACUAAACACAGGUACUGAUGACAUACCAAAUUUAUCAGCGCAGAAAGGGGACUCCUCGUUUCCUGAAAUGCUGCAAACACAACCAAAAGGUACGAAGUUCCCCGAGAAGAAAUCUCUCACAGAAUCACCUGAUAUUUCCGAUGAGACAUCGUUUUUGGCAGAAAAAGAAAGCCUGACACCCAAAAGGUGUACGACUGGUGAUUACAUAGCAGAAAAAGCAAAAGUGACUGAAGCUGGACAUUUGCAGUUGGUCGAUAAACUUAGCCAGCAGGAACCUGAAACCGACGCUGCUAUCAGCAAAGGGCACCUGCAACGUGAUGAAGUACCUGAAACACAAGGCGACAAAGGAAACGAUGAACUGAAGCUUUCCUCUUCAGCUUUAAAAGACAGCGGCGAAACACUACAAGAAGUAGCUCUAAUGAGUGGAGGUCAAGCAGACUUUUUAAAGGCACUAGAAGAAUCAGUGUUGCAUGUAGAAAGUGAGAUCAUAUCAGAACACUUAGAUAACUACCUGAAUACAGACGCAUCACCUGCAAAUCGUGACGAAGACCACGUAGACAAGGGGCUGCCAGCAGAUACCAAUCGUAUGGUGUCAGUUGAUGAUACCUUGGACAAUAGUGUCUCACCUAAGCCUUCUCUUUCAAGUGAAGUGGAAAAGGAAGUGACCAAGCAGGAACUCCACCUAUCUCUCGACGCUGCUCCCGGUGUAGUCCCGAGUGUGUACAGUAAAGCGAAAGAACUGUUGGAAGAGUGUGUGGGUGCCACUGAUUCUACUAGCCCUGAGGCGCGUUAUCAACGGUCAGUCCAAAAGGCUCGGUCAGCGAAGACUCGUUUCGAAGUGUCGUACAAAAAGACUCCUCAAGAGAUGUCCUUGUUAAGGAUGAACAGGGAAAUGAUAGAGCUUACGAUGAAAGCGUUCUUCCGGCAAGUGGUGUUACGACCGGAUAUGACUUCAGAUCACCUACAGAAGUUCUUAAAAGAGAUUUUGUUGAAGAAACGUCGCAUACACGUGCCAAAGAGUUGGACGUAACCACGAUGUUCCCGUCACCGUCGCAAGACGAAGAAGGAAGACAGCUUUUGGAAAUCAUAAAAAGCCAAAUAGUUGCUGAUGAGCCCGCAGAUUAUGUUACUACAAAAGAACAUGAUUUGCUAUGGGCAAAAGAUAUACCACCAGCUGAUUCCUCAAAACACGUUCCCAGUGCCACACACGCAGAGAGUGGUGACACAGGCUUGGACAGGUCAACAGACUCAACAAAAAAACAUGAUGAAAUGCUCUCAACCAUUCUAGACCAAAUUUCCAAGGAAGAUUGGGAUGGAGUGACUCACUCUGAAACUGACAAAAUACAGGUUUCAGAAGAUGUGGCGGUGCUGCAGUCCAAACUGUUUGUAGACAGCACGACGAAAUUUCAGCUCCAAGCCGAUGCACCUCUCGGCUUCGAGGACCAACGAGAACCCUCAGGUUCUGGGCAUUCAUUCGUAAAAGGUGCGCCAGAGGAAGAAAAGAGUGUUCAUGUCCCCAGUGAGCUGUCGACUGCAGUACACAAGCCAGAGAGUCCAUCAUCACCCAUUGAAGUUUCGGAAGAGAUAAGGCCAGAAACAUCGCUGCUUCAAGGAAGUGUAUCGGUAACACUAAAGGACUCGAAAACAGGGGAAUAUGAGACUGUCGUUCCUGUAUCACAUAUUUCACAGUCGUCCCUGGCAGACGACACCCUCUUAAAGCUUUCUGAGGAGAGAGUGCCUGGCUUACAGUCGGCUUUUGAUACAAGUUCUGCCAAAGGAUCAGGUUCUUCGCCUGUCGCACUGAAAGAAAGUGCAAGUCACCCAGAUGUGCGAACUAUCAGGGACACGGAAGAACCUGGAAGUACAACUGACCUCAAGGAUGCAAUCGUAAAAGGCGUUGUUUGCGACUCACGUCUUUCUUCUGUACCAGAAGGAACAAAAGCACGUGAAGAAGCACCAUACGUUGAAGCAGAUGGGAAAGAAACAACUUCUAGAAGUUCACCGUCACUGGUCCAUCCAGAGCACGAACCCUAUGUGCCGGAAGCACCGUGGAUACACCAUCGCGAUUCUCAAGAUGCUCGAUCGUCGGAAAUUUUGGAUCAGCCGAUGAAGGAUCCGAAAGCGAUGUGCCCAACAUCUCUUGAUGCACCAGAGCUGGCGCACAUGCAGCAGAGAGUGUCUAUUGAUUAUGACAGCUCAAUUACUUCCGUUUCUGAUAUUGAGUUCGCGGUCGAGGCCAAAGGCUUUACAAUAGAAGCACCUGAUGUCUCUUCCCACGAUUAUUCAAAGACCGAAGAAGGUCACGAAGGCGAAAAAUGCAGGUCUCGUCCCUCCAGUCCUGAAAGCCCGCCUCAGUCCCCUGUCAAAAGGAUUGCCGUCGAGCACCCUCGUGCAUUUAAAAGAGCUCGCACCACGUCAGACUCCAAGCACCCCAUAUCUACACAGGGGUCCUCAGAAGCCGACAUAUCCAGCGAAGACGAGGACAGUACACGCAAGGCUAUCGCUCCUUCUCACACGCAUAUCUCUAGUGGUGGUGUAGGGGUGCCAACAUACAUCCCACAUUCAGAGCUCUGCUCACUACCACAGGAUAUUCAUCCUGUGAAAGAUCAACAGAUUGAGUAUUUCGCGAAAGGCAGCGCUGAUUGCGUAGUACCACGAG